AUGUCGUCUCCCAGCCCCAUCCCACCCCCAAAUGAUCGGCGCUCGUCGCGCUCGUCCAGCAAUGCCAACUGGGCCGGCUGGGCGGAUGAGUACGAUGGCAGAAUUACGGUCGGUGGCCCUCCCAGCAGCCCUUCACCUUUGGCUCUUCGAGUGUCAAACUCACCCUCAUCGAAGCGUCGACACAGCCGAAUCGUCAAGAUACCCCCCGAACUCCAGAACCUCGACUAUGUCGCUGAACCGGACAACAACCUCGUCUGCCUGAUCUGCCAUGCGCCCUUUGAUAAGCCCGUCCAACUAUCGUGUGAGCACUACUUUUGCCGCGAAUGUCUCGACCAUGCCUGGCGUCCACAGCCAAAUGGCAGGAGGACAUGCCCUACAUGCCGGCAUGCGGUCGAGACGGACAAGGACAUUCGCCCCGUGCCUAAGAUCAUCGAGAAUAUGCUGAACGAGCUGGUAGUCAAGUGCCCGAAUACCAAGGCUGGCUGCAACUGGGUUGAUCAGCGCGUCAAUGUGCACGAUCACGUUAUGCUGUACUGCGAGUACACGCCCGUCGAGUGCUCCGCGACCGACUGCCGCCUGCAGACAACACAAAAGGACUUCCAUCUGGGCUGCUUGCACUAUACUGUAAGCUGCGAGGACUGUCACACAUCUAUUGUGAAGAGGGAUCUCGAGGAGCAUCAGCGAAGCCUCUGCGAGAAUCGCAUGACGUCCUGCACGCUAUGUUCGACCCAAGUACUCCGGCUAGACCUUAAACCCCACAUCAACAACGAUUGUCCCAAGCACAUCAUAUCAUGCCAGGGUUUCAUCGUAGGAUGCAAGUUCCACGCUGAGCGUGCCCAAGUCAUGCUCCACGAACCGGCUUGUGCAAUGGCAACGAUGGCGCCUCACUUCCGCGAACAGCAAGCUCGGAUCGAGAGGAACGAAGCGCGAAUGGAACCGCUUACUAGGAAGGUUGGCAUACUCGAAGACGGGCUCACAAACAUCACCAACUACCUGUAUCCAUCGAAUGGAAACGACACCUCCUUCCCCGUCACCGACCCUUUGGACGCCAAUGACACCGAUCCCCAAGCACCAACACCCGAUUUUCGUUUGCCACCAGCUUCAUUUCCACCCGUCGCACCGGGAAAUGACAGCAACCCCGCCCAGCCACCUUUUGACUCACAGGUCCACCACCUCCUUACGCUACACGACUCCCUUCGCGAAGAAGUGUCUCGCAUCGCCAACGCCCUUACCGACCUCGAUGGCCGCACCAACAUGAUGAUUAUCAACGAGAGCCAGCGAUCAAAGGAUGAGAUGCUACACGUCAAUGCCGCCAUUAGCAGCAUGCGCAUGCACCUGCAGUGGGUGGUGAGUGCGACUCUCCAGCAGCGCUCCAAUGCCGCCGGCACUUCGAGAACUCCAGUGCUCGACCCGGACCCAGUGCAACCAUGCAAGGACCCUUCCGGCGUCUGA